AUGGCUGCUGAAGUCCAGCCUAUCGCUCAGACGAAGCUCCCUGCUCGACCUUCCUCCUUAACGCCAGAGCAGACAUACUGGAGAUCCUUCAAGUCGCCGUUGAACAUUCCCUCCCCAACGAACCACGCCAUAACCCACAUCUCCCACCCAGAAUCAGCCUUACUGACCUCCUCAACCUCACGAUCACCGGAUUUCUUCGUGGUGACGACUGGCGCUCGUGUACAGCUUUACUCUGUGAAGACACGCAAACUACAGAAAACCAUCACACGUUUCGACGAUACCGCAUACGGCGCGGAAGCACGAUAUGAUGGACGUGUCCUUGCAGUCGGUGAUGAGAGCGGCGCUAUCCAAGUGUUCGAUGUCAAUUCAAGAGCCAUUCUGAAAACAUGGAAAGAGCAAAAACAGGCAGUGCGUUGUGUGAAGUGGAGUCCGAAGGAGAGUACAUCUCUCCUAAGCUGCGGAGAUGAUAGAACAGUGAGACUCUGGGAUCUACCGAGUGAAACCAGUGUCGAGACAUUCCGUGGCCACUUGGAUUAUGUGCGCACUGGGUCUUUCAUACCGGGACAAGCGAGCAAUCUACUGGUAUCGGGCAGUUAUGAUCAGACUGUCCGACUAUGGGAUCCACGGACUCCCGUAGGCGUAGUCAUGACGUUCAAACAUAUUGCAUCAGUCGAAGAUGUUCUGUGCAUGCCUUCAGGAACAGCCAUCCUUGCUUCUGCCGACAAUCAGAUUGCCGUUCUGGAUAUUGUCGCCGGAAAGCCUCUUCACAUGAUCAAGAACCACCAGAAAACGGUCACGUCCUUGAGUUUGGCAUCGAAUGGGUCAAGAGUGGUCAGCGGUGCGUUGGAUGGGCAUAUGAAAGUCUUCGAGACGUCAGGCUGGAAUGUGGUGGCCGGUUCCAAGUAUCCUGCGCCAAUUCUGGCCCUGUCCAUUAUUGCUGCAGGUAGUCCCAGGGAAGACAAGCAUGUCGUCGUAGGCAUGGCUACAGGGCAGCUGAGUAUCAGAACACGUUUGUCCGGCGAGCAGAAGGUCAAAGAACGGGAGAGACAAAAGCAAAUGGAGGCCUUGAUCGCGGGCAAGAUUGAAGAAUACGACAGGAAGCAGGCCAAGAAACGCCCCAGAGGCCUUGAAAACCGACUGAGAGGCCGGGAUUACGCUGGCGAAGAUGCCGACAUAAUCGUCGAGGGCAAUGAGAGGCGGAAACCCAAAAAGUUGGCGACAUGGGAAAAGGAAUUGCACAAAGGCAGAUACCGGGAAGCAUUGGAUGAUGCCAUCAAAAACAUGGACAAGAUGACAAUGGUGACCCUCCUCAACACGCUCCGAUACAGAUCUGCCUUACGGGCCGCGCUCGAAGACCGAACCGAGUCGGAACUUCAGCCAAUCAUGAACUGGGCGUGGAGAAAUAUCACAAACUCGAGUUUUGUUCCACUAUGUGUGGAAUUGUCGAUGAACAUCACGGACCUUUACUCGAAGCAUCUGGCAGAAAGUGAAAGCCUGGCUCGACAGGUCCAACGUCUUCGCGAAAGGGUUCAAGAGGAAGUAGGCCGAGCACACCAGGCGGGAAUGACCAGAGGAAUGCUGGAACUUUUGAAUCCUGGAGUUGCAGGUUGA